AUGUCAGCGUCGAGUGCGCAGCAGUUACGCAAGAAGCGCAAGAUUGCCGUGCUUGGCUCACGGUCUGUUGGCAAGUCGUCGCUUGUCGUGCGGUUUGUGGAAGACGCGUUUGUCGAUUCGUACUACCCGACGAUUGAGAAUGUGUUUGAAAAGACGGUCAAGUACCGCGGCCAGGACUACUACUGCGAUAUCGUCGAUACGGCUGGGCAGGAUGAGUACUCGAUCCUGAACUCGAAGCAUGCGAUCGGCAUCCACGGCUAUGUGCUCGUGUACUCGAUUGCCUCGCGAACGACCUUUGAGAUGAUCCAGACCGUGUACGACAAGAUUUUGAACUACACAGGCACGUCGACGGUGCCGUGCGUGCUGGUGGGCCAGAAGAGCGACUUGCAUGCGCAGCGCCAAGUGUCCGAGGCGGAGGGCAAGGCGCUCGCCCAGUCUCUGCACUGCGCGUGGAUCGAGACCAGCGCACGCCACAAUGCGAAUGUCUCCAAGGUGUUUGAGCUCGUGUUGGCCGAGAUUGAAAAGGCCUCGAGCCAGGGCGGCGCCGAGGCGCCGUCGUCGUCGUGUGUCGUCAUGUAG